AUGGCGACAGGGAAAGGACGAGGGAUGAAAAGAUCAACAACUGCAGGAAGUUGUUACUCAUCAACAACAACAACAACUAUCAUCUUCAUUUCUUUAUCCGCUUUAUUCCUAUGGCUUUUCACUACUUCCAAUAAUUCUUCCCCCACCAAUAUUAAUAACAUCUCCUCCAUCUCCCGUUCCGACGGAAACGACGACCAGCCUUCAGCAACCACCAUCGCCACCCAUGAUCUCCAUCUUGAACCAGAACAAAUCCUCCCCGUAGAUCCCGUCAAAUCCACCGACCACGACGACCAACAACCCACUCAUGACAAUAUUAUUCAAGUCAAUCAAAACGACGACGACCCCAACGAUGCAUCAUCAUCAUCAUCAUCUAAUAAUAUUUCUGAAGACGACACGUCAUCAACCACACAAGUACAAGUAGAACAAGAAGAAGAAAAGGUGACCCUGAAUAAUAAUGAGCCGCAAGCAAAAGAGUCUUUGGAAGAAGAAGAGAAGCAGGCUGCGCUCGAAACACAAACAUCAGAAGAAAGUACUGUCACCCACAAACAAGAAAUCCAACAAACCAAACAAGACAUUAAUAAUCAUUUUCAUGACGACGACCAUGCUACUACUUCUUCUUCUUCCGAAACUACCACCACCAUCUCACAUAAUAAUUACCAUGAGAUAAUUACGGAUGAAGACGGACAACAAAGACUCGAAGAACACCAAAAGCAAGAAGACGAUCAAUUCCAACAAAUCCAACAAAAAUGGCAUCCCAAAAACGACCCCACCGGAGCAACAAGCCAUGAUCAAAUCCAACACGACGAACAAGAACCCAUCACCCUACAUCAUGAACAAAUUAUCAAUCACGAUGAUGAUGAUCAGGUGAAAAAGACGACGAAUAGUAAUAAUAAUAAUCAUAAUCAUAAUAAUAAUCAGGCUUCUUCGAAAGAUGAUCAGACGAAGAACAAGAAGAAGUCGUCGACUCAAGCAGACGACGAAUCCACGGUGUCGUCUGAAAAGGAAAGAAGAAAUAACGGUGGUGGAUCGAACAAAGAUGAAGAAGACAAAAGUAGUAGUAGCGAAGAUUAUGGUUACAAAUGGCAGAUGUGUAAUACAAGUGCAGGUGCAGAUUAUAUACCAUGUUUGGAUAACGAAAAAGUUAUAUCACAAAUACAUACAAGAAAGCACCACGAGCAUCGCGAGCGCCAUUGCCCUGAGGACCCUCCAACUUGCUUGGUCCCACUUCCCAACGGUUACAAAAGACGUAUCGACUGGCCUCAAAGUAGAGACAAGAUAUGGUACCAUAACGUACCACAUACAUUGCUAGCAGAAGUUAAGGGGCAUCAAAAUUGGGUUAAGGUUGUCGGAGAGUUCCUCACUUUCCCAGGUGGUGGCACUCAGUUUAUUCAUGGAGCAUUACAUUACAUCGACUUUAUUCAAGAGGCAGUGCCAGAUAUUGCAUGGGGAAAACACAGUAGAGUAGUAUUGGAUGUGGGGUGUGGGGUGGCAAGCUUAGGGGGUUAUCUCUUCGAGAGAGACGUUCUUACAAUGUCGUUCGCUCCUAAAGACGAGCACGAAGCACAAGUACAGUUUGCCCUGGAGAGGGGCAUUCCUGCAAUUUCCGCUGUUAUGGGCUCUCAGAGACUACCCUUUCCUAGUAGAGUUUUCGACGUGGUGCAUUGCGCCCGAUGCAGAGUACCAUGGCAUGCCGAUGGUGGUGCUCUACUAUUGGAGUUGAAUAGGGUACUAAGGCCGGGAGGCUACUUUGUUUGGUCAGCAACUCCGGUUUAUCAAAAGCUUGAAGAAGAUGUACAGAUAUGGAGAGAAAUGUCUAAUCUAACGGUGGCAAUGUGCUGGGAGCUAAUCACAAUCAAAAAGGAUAAGCUGAACUCAGUAGGUGUUGCUAUUUAUCGAAAACCGGAUUCAAACGAUUGUUACGAGCAAAGAAAGCGUAACUCUCCUCCAAUGUGUAAAUUAGCCGAUGAUCCUAAUGCUGCAUGGUAUGUGCCAUUGCAGUCAUGCAUGCACAAGACGCCGGUUGGAGAAAACGAGAGAGGGUCACAGUGGCCGGAAGAGUGGCCGGAGAGAAUCGAAACACCGCCAUACUGGCUGAACAAUUCUGAGAUGGGAAUUCAUGGAAAACCAUCUCCAGAUGACUUUACUUCAGAUUAUCAACACUGGAAAAAGGUUGUCCAAAAAUCUUACAUGGAUGGUCUCGGAAUUAACUGGUCCAAUGUCAGAAAUGUCAUGGAUAUGAAAGCAGUCUAUGGAGGAUUUGCUGCAGCAUUAAAGGAGAUGAAAGUAUGGGUAAUGAACGUGGUGAACAUAGAUUCUCCGGACACACUUCCCAUAAUAUACGAAAGAGGUCUUUUCGGUAUAUACCACGAUUGGUGCGAAUCGUUCAGCACUUAUCCUAGGACGUACGAUCUUCUGCAUGCAGAUCAUCUCUUCUCCGGACUCAAAAAGAGGUGUAAAGUGGUGACGGUGGUGGCGGAGGUGGACAGAAUAGUUAGGCCGGGAGGGAAAUUGAUAGUGAGAGAUGAUUCGAAAACAAUAGGAGAAAUAGACAAGAUGUUGAAAUCAUUACAAUGGAAGGUGUCUAUGAACUUGUCUGAAAAUGAACAACAUGUCGUACUCACUGCUCACAAAUCCCAAACAUGGCGCCCCGAUUCAUAUGCACCUCCAUCUUGAAUCUUUCAUCAUGCAUAUUCAUAUACAUUUUCGAAAUAUGGAGUAGGCUAGAUUCCAUUUUUCUGUUUUGCAGUUAUAUGAUUUCUUCGUUGUUACAGUUACGUUGUUCAGAUUAAUUCAUGUUUUGUUUAAUAUAUAAUUAAUUGCUAUUUCUCCGAUCCAAGAUUCAUCUGCCCAUUAUUAUUUUGUGAGGGUGCAGUACUGAAUUUGGUGCCAACAUGCAUAUGGUGUGG